UCAUAGAAAUUCGAAACAUGCCACGAGUCUUUGCUCGUUUAUAACGCUGCCGCUACUUGCCAGUCGCCGGAAUCCCAUUUCCAUCAAACACGAUUCUGUUCUGCCUUCUUUGCUGCUCCGAUCUCUUUUACCUAUUCUUCAAUGGCGUCCGCCGCAACUUCAACGGCUCUGCUCUUGUCAAACCCCAAGUCAGCCAUUUCACCCAAGUCCUCAGCAAACCCCUCUUUCUCUAAAACCCUAACUGUUCAGUCAUCUUUCAAUGGUCUCCGCAAUGCCAAGCCCUUGGUCUCCCGUGUCCCUCGCACCCUAUCUUCCCGCGCCGCUCAAGCUAAGCACCGCAGCUUCGUCGUUCGCGCUUCAAGUGAACUUCCAUUGGUAGGGAAUCAGGCACCAGAUUUUGAGGCUGAGGCUGUUUUUGAUCAGGAAUUCAUCAAGGUUAAGCUUUCAGAAUAUAUUGGGAAGAAAUAUGUGAUUCUCUUUUUCUACCCACUGGACUUCACAUUUGUUUGUCCCACCGAGAUCACUGCUUUCAGUGACCGCUAUGAGGAAUUUCAGAAGUUGAACACUGAAAUUUUGGGUGUAUCAGUUGACAGUGUGUUCUCUCAUCUUGCAUGGGUCCAGACAGAUAGAAAGUCUGGGGGCUUGGGUGAUCUGAAGUAUCCGUUGGUUUCUGAUGUCACCAAAUCAAUAUCAAAAUCUUAUAAUGUUCUGAUUCCUGAUCAGGGAAUUGCGUUGAGAGGACUCUUUAUUAUUGACAAGGAGGGAGUUAUUCAACACUCGACCAUCAACAAUCUAGCUAUUGGCCGAAGUGUUGACGAAACAAUGAGAACACUCCAGGCGUUGCAAUAUGUCCAAGAGAACCCAGACGAGGUAUGCCCGGCUGGAUGGAAGCCCGGGGAGAAGUCGAUGAAGCCAGACCCCAAGCUGAGCAAGGAAUACUUUGCAGCUGUGUGAGCAUAACGGGCUUAAACACUGCCACACAACCGCCCCACAUCUCUUACAUUUGAAGGGUAAAUUUUGAAUUAUUAGUUGAUAAUUGCUAGUAUUUAUGGUUUAAGUUUGACUUUUCCCGGAUCUCACUACAAACAAUCGAGAUUCUAGCAAUUAUCUAUCUUAUGAAAACAAAAGUAUGAAUAAGUAUCAGACAGAUUUUGGUUGACUGAAGAAAUCCCAUUAUAUAU